AUGGGCAACGUCAAGACAGUCGACCUGGAGAACACCUCCGGCGCCUACUUCGCUCCUGGUACUCUCUCCUCAGCUUCGAGAACUCUCCAAGUCUCCGGCCAGGUCGGCAGUGCCAAAGACGGCACCGUCCCAGCCGACUACGAAUCCCAGAUUCAUCUUGCACUCCUCAAUCUGCGUAAGAUCCUCAUCGCAGCAGGCGCGCGCGUCGAGAACAUCACCAAGCUUACCGUCUAUGUCGUGAACUAUGAUGCGGCCAACAGGAAGCACACGCGGCACAUGCAGAAGUUCCUGAGGGGCCAUAGGCCGGCCAUGACUCUGGUGCCGGUCGAUAAACUGGCUAUGCCGCAGUGGCUGUUUGAGAUCGAUGCGACUGUCGCUCUGCCGCCGGCCGAAGCGUUAUCUCGCGCUCCUGCCCUUGCAGCACCCUCGGAAAAGCACGACGUGGUCAUCGUGGGAGCCGGUCUUGCGGGCUUGACGGCCGCUCAUGAGCUCAUCCGCGCUGGCCUCUCGUGUGUCGUUCUGGAAGCUCGUGAUCGCGUCGGAGGCAAGACAUGGAGCCAGGAGCUUCCCUCUGGCGGUGUCAUUGAUCUCGGCGCUGCUUGGAUUAAUGAUACGAACCAGAGCAGAAUCAUUGCCUUGGCCAGGAGAUAUGGCGCCAAUCUCAUUGAGCAGAACACCGACGGGUACUGCGUACUUCAGAAUGACAAGGCAGAGGUCUCCCUAUUUCCUUAUGGAGAGAUUCCCAAGUUCGAUGAAGAAUCACGAAAGAACAUCGAGAUCAUCCGAGACAUGGCCGAAAGGGACUGCCAGGCUCUGGAUACAUGGAACCCGAGAGACACGUCCCUCGAUUCCAUGACCUUCGAGGCCUAUCUUCGGUCCCGAGGAGCCAGCGAAGCGGCACUGGCUACGGGAACGGUUUGGACGCGUGCGAUGUUGGGCCAGGACCCCAAAGACAUUUCGGCUCUGUACUUUCUCAACUACUGCAAGUCUGGAGGUGGCCUGCUGCAGAUGCGGUCUGAUCGCAAACAUGGCGGGCAGUACUUGCGUGUAAGACAGGGAACACAGCUGUUCGCCAAGGGCCUUGCUUCAAGUCUCCCAGUUGAUACGGUGCGUCUCUCAACGCCGGUCAAGUCCAUCGUCCAGAACAGCGAGGCUGGCUCCAUUCUCGUGCACACCUCGUCAGGAAAAGUCAUCUCAGCUCGCAAGGUCAUCACGACUGUGCCGGGGCCUGCCCUCAGAUCCAUCUCCUUCUACCCCGAGCUGCCCCCCGUCAAGCAGCUGUGGGCCGAGUCAUUGUCCUACGGAUACUACACCAAAGCAAUGAUGGAGUUCAAGUCGCCGUUCUGGAUCGAAGCCGGAAUGUGCGGCCUCAUCAACUCCUUCAAAGGCCCUGCGGCAGUCGUUCGCGAUACUUCGGAUCCGCAGAGCAACAAGCAUGUCCUCACCUGCUUCAUGGCAGCAGACCACGGCCGCGCGUGGGGUGCCCUCCCGAGCCAAGCUGAGAAAGAGGCUGCGCUGCUCAAACAGCUCAAGAGUCUCUACGGCGUCAACAACAUCGAGGACUUGUUCGUCUCGCUGACGUACUACGAAUGGAGCGGAGAUGAGUGGUCUGGCUUUGGAUGCCCUUGCACAGCUCUGCCGCCUGGUCUUCUUGACACAGUGGGCGGAGAUAGCCUCAGGCAGCCAGCUGGAGACCUGCAUUUUGCUGGCACAGAGACGGCUGGCGAGUGGAAGGGGUACAUGGAGGGCGCGGUGCGUAGUGGUGAGCGGGCGGCAGGUGAGGUUGUGAAAGACUUGAAGGCAGGUAUUGUGUGCCGCCUGUAG